GUGGGUUAAAUUACCCUGUGUGUUGCUAACUGAUGUGACCACACUUGAAAAGUAUAUAAGGAUAUACAUUCGAAUGGCCAUCAAACAAUUCUUAUCAAUCGACACGUUUACAGUGAAAUUAUGAUAGUUUGAAGCUCGAAAAAUGCUGAGUCGAAGAUCUUUUACACUGCUGCUCGUUGGCUUGAUGAUAUCUCAGUUCCUUGUCGUGAAUGUGCAUGGAGUGAACGUAAACGAAAGAGACGCAAAUGGAGACACAGUUCUGCAUAGAGCUGCUUCUGCUGGCCAAAUGGAGGAAGCUCAAAAACUUCUCGAUGAAGGAGCCGACCCCAAAAUUAGAAAUAAUAUAGGUUUGACAGCUCUUCAUUUAGCUGCUCAGAAUGGUAACGUUGAAUAUUCGUUUUUAUUGAAUAAAAAAUUGGUCUGAUCUUUUUUCAUCGAUCUGUGCUAUUUUUCAGGUCACAAGGAUGUCGCCGAACUUCUCAUCAGGAAA